AUGAGCUAUGCAGUAGAUUUUGCUUGCUUUUGGCAUUUCAGGGUCCCUUGUAGAGCAGGCACGUGCACAACACCAAUUCAAGUCACCUCAUCUCAGUUGGUCUCAAACGACAUAUUCCCACCAGCUGUUGUGAAGGCCAUGCUCUACCCUGGAGCUAUCGUGAGCAGCCUCACUAAAAGCAUUCCGUUUCCAAGGUGGAGUGACCUGUUUGACAUUUACAACCUGACAGAAGCCAAAAAUGCCUCUGCAGUAGUUGAUCUCCAGCGUCUAGAGAUACUUGCUGGAAGCUACUUCUGUGUUGCUGGAGCACUUGUCGGCAUCAUAAAUCCUGGGAGGAUGACUUUGUUUGGUACCCUUUUGGUUAUCUGGGGUCUAGUGAAAGAAGCACUGUUUGGGAAACCAGUUAACAGCGAUCCAACACAAUCGACUUAUGUCUAUCCGACCAUUUUGAUCGUACUAAUCUGUGCAUUUAUGUCAAUAACAUACAAUGUAAAGAAGACGGCAAAAAGUAGUCCUCCUGUUUCUAUCGCAAAGCCACUGAAAAGUUCUGCCAAGUCAAAACUGAAGUAGACAUUGUUGCAACUUCAAUCCUUGUAACUCAUUUCCCCUAUUUAUGUGCUAAAGACAGGUUUGAGGGUAAUCUGAGGAUGUUUUUGGUGUAUCUCACUUUCAAUACUGAAACAUUCACUUUUGUACCUUGCAGUGAUUCAGGCGGUCACUCAUUUGUACUGUUGACUAAAAACACAUCUGUAAUGUUGAUAAAAGACAGCUAAAUCCCCCACCCACCCACUCAAAGAAAAAAAGAGGUUAUUCUGUAGGCAGGAGUGUCAUGUACAAUUUUGAGAUAUCUGGCAUCAAAGCACCCAUUUGUUUCUCUUGCUGCAAGUUACAGCAAUGCAUUUUUCCCAUUUAUUUUUCUUCAAUUUUGAAAUUACUACUGACUUAUGGCAUGCCAUUUGUCCAGAAUAACUAGUUAAUUUUACAAAUGUGGCUAAACCCUCUCAUACUUCUCAUUACUCUCUUCAAGAGAACUAAUCCCUGUAUAUCUUGCAUUUUUUUUGGACAGGGCAACAAAUGAUUUGCUUUAUUCAGCUCUUCGACGUGUCCAAUAACAUCAUAAUAGUCUCUCUUCUCAUAAGGAUCUUGAAAUUUCAUAAUAGAUUCUGCGUUGUUUCCAUUGUUCUUUGUUUGGAUUUUAUUUUUGAAGGUCAUGGGUAUUUGGAGUUAUGAAAGAGAUAAUUUUGAACUGCUAGCUGAUAGAACCAUCAAUCAUACAGACUGAAGUGAGGAAACAACUAAACAAGGAAGGACACAUGCAGCGGUUACACUUUGCCCAACUUGCAGGGUGGUCCAUCAUCUGCAGCAAGGCUGCUGUCCUAGCCUUUGUGUUGUUGUAUUGCGCAACGAUGGCCAGGCUGCAUAUGCAACUGCAAGUGGCUCUUGCUUGCCCUGUCUGUAGCUCUGUUGAUGUCUGGCACAUGAUGAUAGCACAUGUCAGGAGCUGAGCUCAGCCCCACUGUCAUCUGAAGACUAAAGCUGAACAUUCAGAAGCUAGGGAUGCCGAGAUGGGAGUGGGUGUCUGCUACGAGCUGAAGAGAUAUCUUUUAUGUUUGAGAUAUGUUUGAGAUGGGAGGCCGUUUCCAAGUCACCGGUCACAAUCUUCCCCAGUGCUUCCUCUUGGUUAGAGCCCUCCUCACAAAAAGACAAAACAAGCACCAUCUUCAUUCCAGUUCAAUAAUUGAGAUUCCUCUCUGUCUGUUCCUUCCCUCCUGCUGCUAUAAUCAUUGUUAUUGUUAGCCAGUGCGAGUAAUACAUGUGCAUUUGAUGUUGUCCUUGUUUACUAGUAGUUAAUAGCUGUUAAGGUUUAAGCCCAGUAGCUCACGCACCCUUCCACCAACAAAAUACUUGUAGCUGCCACUUUCCGCAUCUGCCUGCUGGGAAGUGGGAAGAAGAGGGAUAGUCUCCCAAUCCCAGCUCUGCCUCCAGUUACUCUUGCCAGUCUCCCUACACACUGUCACUAGACCUGUUGGUGUUCAGAAUUCCCAGGCCUCGACUGCCAUGGUCCAGAUGUCUCUGCAGAGGAGCAUAGCCAUAUCUCCUCAUCGCUCCUUAUCUGAAUCGCUGCAUCGUGUGGGUGGUGCAAGAAGAAGAUGGGCAUCUUGUAGAUCCCAGACUUCAAGCUUUGCUUAUAGUGCGAGAUUGUCUCCGAUAGUUCUCAAGACUGACAGUGACAUUGAUCCCUCUGAACCAAAGAAUUUGGAUCUGAGCUCCUCAGCUUCAAGAAGCGGACCUUACAGUGCAGCUUGUCAUCCAUCAGGCACUGCUGGAGUAAUGGGAGCAUCUUCCACUUCCUCUCUCAGAUUUUUAGAAAAAUUUGUGUGUUGGAGUAGCAGAGAUGGAGAAGAGGCACCUCCAUUCGUCAUCUAUAAUGAUCCACUCGUCAAGAAAGAGCUGUUGGCAUCUGGAAACCAGCUCACUUCUGACUCUAGUAUUGCUCUUGGGAAGUUAAGGCAGAAGAGGCUCUUCUUGGAGCAAUCUGGAGCAUGUUGCAUUGUUAUGCCAUGCCAGUUCUUACAUGCCUGGCACGAUGAGAUUUCACAGGGUUGCUCUGUUCCUUUCCUCCAUGUUGGUGAUUGUGUUGCAAAUGAACUCAAUGCAGCAAACUUGAAACCUGUUGAGUAUGGAGGUAAUGUUUGUGUAGGAGUUCUGGCUACCGAUGAUACACUGGCUAGAAAGUGCUACUUAGACAAGCUUGAGAGACAGGGUUUUGAGGUGCUAUGUCCAGAUAAAGCUUCCAUGCAGCACACGGUGUUACCAUCAGUGGAUGCAUUUAGGAAGGGGGACAUGGAAGGUGCAAGAAAUCUACUGCGAGUGUCACUCCAAGUUCUUCUUGUGAGAGCUGUCAAUACAGUAAUCCUUGCGUCUGAAGACCUUGUAGGCAUCUUGCCUGACGACGACCCUCUGCUCAAGAAAUGUAUAGACCCAAUGGACGCCCUGGUCCGAGAGGCCAUUGUAUGCACAAGAAUACCUCGGCCAUGAUAUGCCUCGGAUUACUCUGGUUCUUGUGUAGGUCCCCAACAGUAGCCCUUUGCACAUUGACUUCCUGUGAGCACAUUUGUAGAUUUUAAGAUAGAAAGGGCUCAUCUCGUCAUAUCAUUGAUGGUUGAACACACUGUGCAUUUUGAUCUGUGGUACCCUUCUGUUUUGCAAGUUGCAACCAAGUCAACAGAGAUGGUGAUGACCCCA